AUGUACAUCCCGUCAUAUCGGUUUCUUUCUACCAUGGCAUCGAUUCUUUCUAAAUUUUCUAAGGUUCCGAUUGAAGAUAUUUCUAAGGCUUCUGCCUCCUUAUUUCCAGAAUUGUCUACUGAGUCCAAGGCUUUGUCUUCUCAGUUUGAAACUUUGUCAAGCAGACUUAAUGAACCAGAAACUUUGGAAACUUUAAAUAACAACUUAAGAACCAAAACUUUUGUUUCUGGCAAUGUUCCUGCUAAGGUUGAUUUGGAUUUAUUCUCCAAAGUUUUGCCUGUUGCCUCCCAGUGGAAGACUGCUGAAGAAUACGCUAAGUUCAGACACAUUUUGAGAUGGGUUGACUUGGUGCAAAACACCUUGGUUGAAAUUCCUGAAGCCCAAAAGUUAAACAUUAACUUGGAUACCGAAGUCCCUAGAGAGAUUAAGGAAAAGAAGAAGCCGGCUGAAAAAGCUGCUCCUGCCGACAACGCUGCUAAGAGUUCUGCUGAAAAGACUCCAAAGGUUCCAGCGGAGGGCAAAGUUACUAAAGGUGAAAAAGGUGCUGAAAUAUCCGAAGAAGAGAAGAAACUCAGAGCAGAAGCUGCUAAGGCUAAAAAAGCUGCAAAGGCUAAGGCUAAGGCUGAACAACAGGCCAAGCAACAAGCUGCUGCAGUUCCUCCUAACCCUGGUAUGAUUGACUUUAGAGUUGGUUUCAUCCAGAAAGCUGUCAAGCAUCCUGAUGCUGACUCUUUGUAUAUGUCUACUAUUGACAUGGGCGACCCUGAAGGCCCCAGAACCGUUUGCUCUGGUUUGGUUAAAUACAUCCCAUUGGAAGAUAUGCAAGAGAGAUAUGUUGUGGUGGUCGCUAACUUGAAACCUGUUUCUAUGAGAGGAGUUAAGUCAUGCGCAAUGGUUUUAUGUGCUUCGAAGGAUGAUACUGUGGAAUUCGUCAACCCACCGGCUGGAUCUAAGCCUGGUGACAAGAUUUUCUUUGAGGGCUACAAUGCUGUUCCAGAGAAGCAAUUGAACCCAAAGAAGAAGAUUUGGGAAGCAGUGCAACCUGGUUUUAGCACGAAUGAGAACUUUGAAGUGACUUACACUGUUGAAGGUAAGCCACCGGCCAAGUUGGUGAACGAAAAGGGCGAACUUUGCAAAAACUCCACCAUUGUUAAAGCUGACGUUAAGUAA